AUGGCAAACUCCAAUUUAUGGUUCUCCAAACGAGAAGAAAUUAACGCACUUCUUCUUGUGUUACUUCUCUUGUCGGCGGCGUUCGCAUACAUUGGAGCUCAGCCUCCAACAAAUUCUCAAAAUAACACGAAUGGGAAUGACUGGCUUUCAUCACCGAAAUCUGAAUUCAUGGCGUAUAUCUUUCUAGCCAUUGUAGCCAUCUUGAUUUUGGUAUUCUUAUUCAUCGCCAUUCGAACGAGGUGCUGGCCCCGAGGCAGAGCUGGAGGACUCGAUGCGGCAGUUCUUGAGACGUUCCCCACUCUUGCGUAUUGGGUGGUGAAGAGGCUCAAGAUUGGAAGAGGCGCGCUGAUUUGCGCCGUGUGUUCGACUGAGUUCGAAGACGAUGAAACGCUGCGUUUAAUCCCCAUUUGCGAUCACGUUUUCCACACCAAUUGUAUUGAUAAGUGGCUCAAGUCGAACGCCACUUGCCCCAUUUGCCGAGCCAAUCUCCUACCCAGACCCAACGAGUCCCUGCACCGACCCGAAUUCCACACCGGGACAGACAUCGGAUCCCAAAACGACGCCGCUGCAGUUGAACCGGAGGUUGAAGAAAGAAUCGAAGACGAACAAGAUCCCGCUACGGAACCCGAUGUUUCAAAGACUUUAAAUCGUAACCGUACAUGUGGAUCUCGAUCAAGAAUUAAUGACAGGCAGGUUUUCCCCGCGGUCUCACUCAACCGGUCACUCGUCGAUCCAACUGGGCGAGAAUACUGA